AUGUUCUUGUUAUUUAAGGUUCAAGCUGAUUCAACCUUACAUCCUGAAGAGAGAAAGCGAAUACUACAUUUACAUGCUGAACAAAAUCGUCGAAGUGCUCUCAAAGAUGGAUUCGACAUGCUCAUGGAUAUGAUUCCGGACUUGCAUUCUGGCGGUAUUAAACCAACGAACGCAGUUGUUCUUGCGAAAGGAGCGGAGCACAUCAGGAAUCUUACCGCUACGAGAGACGAACAGGUUGCUCAAAGGGCCGCUCUCAACGAAAAGAUCGCUAAAUUGAAUCAACGCAUCAGUGCAUUACAAUCGAACCUGCCAUCAUCAAGCGGCUCCUCGAAUGCUAAGUUGGAACCUAGGGCUGCUCUUGAGGCCUUUUAUGAUCGCUACACCAAGGAGCGUAGUCGGAAGGACUACCGGUUUUGGGUGGUUGGUUUUUUUUUUCUAAUUUCUCUGACUUCACAGUUUUGCACCUGA